AUGGAGCUUCACGAGGCGAUAAUGUUCUUCGACGUGACACUGCUCCUUGCAUCCAUCUCACCGCAGUUGGUUUGCAAGGCCCUGGGGUGCGUCCUGCAUGGAAGUAUGGCAAAUCACGGGCAUGUCUUUACUGAUAUUGUCAUCAUAUUUAAGUAGUCUUACAGGCCGAUGCCUCCCGUCAUUCCGGGCAAAUUGUACACAUAUAUAUACAUUUAUGCUGCACCAGGUAAUGCAGUGACAUAUGUGUCGAUGGUUUACAAUUGACAACAUCUAACUACAUUUUCUUCUUUCUGAAUCAUUAUAGAAAUUGCAUGAUUAUGCUCAAUCGUAUUAUUGGACGCAGAGGACUGCUCGUCUGUGGCCGACUACUGCGUCCUUUCGUCGGCAGUUUCAGCAACGUCUCAUCUCCUCCCUCCUCUCCAAUUAACCUCAGGGAUCACAACAUCAGUCACAUGUUUGGUGCGUACGAUGAGGUUCUUUCCAUACAGAUCCACUAUCUUCGUCAGGGCCUAGGAGCCAACAAUAUCCUCCUAUUUCCCGGUCCAUUCGGCUCCAUCAGGACUGAUUACAUGGACUUCCUGCAGCGUCUGAACCUAAACGAGUACGUUCCCUGGGGCUGCUUGGCACUCUGUGUUUUGACCAACUGGUGUAGAUAUAGACGGAGAUAGGUGUAGAAAGUCGCACUAGGAUACAUCAUAUAGAAGUGGCCCAGCAGCCGACGACUACACUAUGUACGCUGUUGGUUCACACUCAAGAUUGGGUAGACCAGUUUGGUAAGCGUGAAUAUUCGUAUACAACAGUCAUUGUGCUGUCUGCAAUGAAGGAUGCUGUGACGAAACUAGCAAAUCUGCCACUACACACACAGUUAUGAUCAUCAAUGAAGGAUGCUGAAGGGAGACCAUCUGCCACGAUUAUCCAUACAUGCUCUGGAUAUGGGACACAAAUCUACUAAAUUUAUGCUCGAAGGAAGGGUAUAAUUCGGUUUUAAAAAAAGUUUCUAAUUGUUGGACGUUUAAUAUCGUUGAAAAUCGAAUUAUACCUAUCCCUCGAGCAUAAAAUUAGAAGAAGGCGUAAUAAUCUACCGAAUGAGCAGAAGAAUGAAUACUUUUGUGCAUGUUUUCCAUGAAAUACAAUUGGACUAUUCGGGGCAUCGAAAGUCAAUGAGAAAAUUUUAUGCUAAGUAAGUAGUCAUUUUUUACAGAGUGCAGUUUUUGCAUGCAGCCGGAUGGAAGUUCAUUCGAAAGUCGGCAUCCUGAGGUGACUGAACUAUCAUGUUGCAGACUAACUAGUUUUACAAUCCAACUUAAUUAAUCUUUCCGAAACGAAAAAGCAUUUCGAAAUUUCCGUUGACAUUUCAUCAGUUAGUUCACCUACUGUAAUUCAUGCAUGCGUGUAGUCUGGAGAGGUUCUCUCGGACGUCACGUUUUAAAAUUUUGCGGACUCGCCCGCCAGUUGUACGUCUGACGGCGACGACGACAACGGCGACCUAGGGCAAUAAGUUUUAAAAUAUCCGAAACAAAGUUUGUUGUUUCCUCAAAUGACUUCUUCAGCAUGAACAUAUACACACGCAAGGAAGGAGGAACGUCAACGUCUGUGAUGACUGCACGUGGCCUAUGAGAACAUCUUCGUUUACAGUAGGCCAGAUUAUCCGGACACACAAUAACCCUUAUUGCGCGCACAUUUUUGAUACAGGUUCCCCAGCUCAUUGUCAGACUUACGGGACACACACAAAAACAGUUCACCCUUUAACCCUGUUGAAGAAGUGAUUCUGCAGUUGGCUGAAGCUUGCGCCAUUGCACGUCAAUAGCAUUUCUUCAUGCCCUCGACAUUGGCUACACUGGCUUUCAUUUGUCCCUGAGGAAUUUGUGAGUGGCAUCUAAACCGAGAUGCCGAUUGAUGCAGGGCACAGUUGAUGGAAUUACUUCCAGGGAUUCACGGCGUAGCCAUAUUGGUAGAUGGAUGAAAACUAGAAGAGUGUUCUCCCAUGGGCAAGAUGGUCCCCCUCUCCUCAUCACCGCUAACUGACGUUCAUCUACAGGGUUUCAGACAGAUUUCCCAUUUCGGCAUAAAUAGACGGCAUCAAAACUGGCACAUGAGAUCAUGCAGACAACGUCUAUUCUUUCAAAGGGAAUUAAUUUACCCUGGAGAGUUUUACUAGAGAAAGAGGUUGUCACAGUUAAAAAGUGAUUUUUUGUCUGAUUCUAGCUAUGGGAAUCAGUUUGCUGUCACAGGCGUUAUUUUAGAGAGUCAAAUGUUUUAUCGAUUGUUAAAGGUCAGAUUAGCAGGUCUGUGCGUUUUCGUCCCCUAAAGUGCAGUAAUGAUGCAUAGGGGGAAUUGGUUGUUUAAAAGGGCCGACAUUGUUUUGUCAUUUGAUGAACUCUAUGUUUUGACACCAAAAUGACUCUCACCGAAUAGUCAUGUUCAGUUUGGAACAUAUGAAAUAUUGAUUGUCGAGCGGUCUAGUUUCUGCGCAUACGUAAUUUAGAAAUGGAAGGAGAAAAUCAUCGGCAAAAUAUCAGUGUUCUGAGUGAGCAAAAGCGUGUGAACACAUAACACCGAGUCUGGGUUUAUAUGCAAUCCAUGCAGAACACUGAAAAUCUCAAGGUAUGCAGCGGUGUCUCAAGGCUGAUUUGAAAUUCAGAACAAACAAGACGUCCGAAUUAGUUUUAGGGAAGGAAAGUCCUGGCAACAUGAGCUCUUAUUAGAACUUUUAUUCCCAUGGCAUCCCCGUCGGCGAAUUCAAGCGAAAUCCUCUUAAAGGAAAUUUAAAUGUGAAAUUAGCUAAAAGACCACGUUCAGACGUCAGUCUUCAAGUACUGCUUAAUAUACUCGUUUUCUGUAUGAACAGACAUUCCGUAUAUCUAGAACUGGAUUUUACACGAUUGCAAUCAUCUUUGACUUUUUCAGAAUUUUCUGCUUUUCUCAAAAAAUCCAUAUUUCUAAGCAAUCUGCCAUUAUCUUUGAUUAAUAUAGACAUAGGGUGCAUGCAUUGGUGUCGGUUUGCGAGUAAUUAGCAGUCACACACAAACACAGACCUAGCCUCUUCCAACCCGUUUCCGUGGCACUUUUCUAACAGUCAGUAUAACAGUCCUGCCUGCGCAGAUAGCGCGACCAGCAAGGAAGUGCCACCCUUUUCGAACUACCUCGGGUCCUCUGCUCAGGACAAUUGCGUCGGCAGUACCCACCCUAUCCCCCUCCCACGUCCCCACACACACACACACACACACACACACACACGACAGUUCGACCGUCGAUUUCGACGAUGUCCACCGUGUGCCCCACAGCUGCAGCAGCGGUGGGAGCAGGGACGGUGACUUGCGCAGGGGUUUAUAGUGCGGGUAGACUUGCGCUGCAUCUACCUACACUCUCUCCUCCUCCCCCACCUGAGCCCGGUGUCAAGACCAAGUGAAGAAAACCGGAGACGAGGGAGGCCGCAGGUGGAUGGCUUGGACGGAUCCUCACCUUGGCGCUUCACUCCGCACCCCCAGGUCCACAAAACAAUGAGGUGACGGCAGUGGUCCAGUUGUUCGACGACUGCCGACAACAGAGUCUGCCAGCGCACCCCGAAAGUGUUGGCAUUUGUUAUAGUGUGCGAUCCGAUAACGCCUGCCAGAAUCCGAUAUGGCUCCCGUGUUGGUCCAGCGCAUCUAACGCGUGGCUCGUUUGGAGGACACACAAACACAUGUGUAGAGUAGUCGUACCGUCUGUGAUGAACAAUCACCACCUCUCAAAUGUAUUUCUGUCCGCCUUCCUCCCCCUCCGCCCUUUAGGUUUACCGCGAUAGCCUUCGAUCCGCCGGGCUGCGGUUUCAGCACUCCCCCCGUCCGCGAUUGGAGUGAUGCCGAGGUUCUGCUGCAGGAUGCCAGAGUUGGCGUGAAUUUGAUGCGCCAGCUGGGUCAUCUGCCCUUCUCCUGCAUCGGCUGGUCAGAGGGCGCCCUGUCAGCCAUCCGAGCAGCAUCGGAGUUGAAUAUGGACGGUCAGUCACAUUUUAAGUGGCUCACUCUGCUGGUGGCGCAUUUGCUUAUUUGUUCUAGAAUGCGCAUAUUGUGGACACUGUCAAAUGGCCAGUUGCCUGGCCUCAUGAUUUGAUUACCUGUACUCCUUAGACACACAAACGCACACAGCGCGGUGAAUGCAAGGAAACUAGUUCAAAUUUACCUCUGACUACUGUGAAAACCUGAAAGGACACAUCAAGAAACAGCCCUUUCAGCCUGACCUUCCGUUCUGGGAAGUACCGAGGUGCCCCGUCAAGCUAACACUCCUAGUUCGUCAUGGCAGAUUUAAGUGUGCCAGUUUUAUUUUAGUUUGGAAUGCUCCAGUGUCAACACCAGUCCGUCUGUUUUACCUACUCGGCCAGUAUUCCAAAUACCUCCACAAAUUACCACAGUUUAAGGGAUUUCUCCUGUCUACCGAUUUUUUCACUUCAAUCGGUCACUGAAGGCCCUCCUAGACAAUUAAUUUUGCCUGAACAUGAAAGCGCAAUGAUGGGAAAUGCUAUCAUUAUUAUUUCGUGCGUGUGUGUGAUCAACGUGCUACUGCCAAGUCUUUUCCAUUUGCCACCUGCUUAUUGUACGCCGACAUACGAAGGAAGCUUAAUUCAUGCAUUCAGGCUCGAUUGAGGGCCUAGUGGUCUGGGAGCUGGAGGAAGAUAUUGGCGCAGAGGACGGAUCGGGGAAUGGUGGUCAGAAUAUGGGAGGCACCCCCGGUUCGGUGGACUUCUUGCCAGACAGUCGUCGUCUUCCGUUGCAGGCUGUUUAUGGUAGAGCGUACGUGCGGGAUAGUUGGCCUGCCUACGUUGAGACGAAAGAGAUGCUAUGUAUGGGUCCUGCCGAUCUCCGCUGCCUGCCGCAGCGUCUCCUCGGGAUGCCACUACUGCACAUUGCAUCCCGGCACUCUGAGGCGAGGCGACACCUGGAUGCCAACAGCCAAUCGACUGAAUCGGCUCUCCUCGCCUGUUCGGGCUGCUGUUCAACCCUCUGGCCCGUCAGGUCUGACGCGGAUCAGAAGGCUGGCUGGCAGCUGCCACACAAGUUGCAUGCUGAUUCCUUUCAGUCCUCUGUCGAAAACUUUAUUCUUAAAUCUAUUCACUAA